GAAAGCGAUUUUGCCGCGAAAGCACAAACGCAAUAAAAUUCCCAAUUCUCGCGGUUCAGCCUCUGUAUUCCGUAGAGAGAAAAAGCGAGAGAAAAGAUGCAGAUUCGAGUUCGUUGCAACUGUGGAGAAGGAAACUGCGAGGAAUGGGGCGUCAUAGAACUACAAGGAGUGGUGGAGCCACAGCCUGGAUUCCACGAUUCCCUCCCAAACCUUCAAAUCGGCACUCUCUGUCGUCCUUCUUCUCAGGAAGUCUACACCUUCACUGUUGGAUACCAUGAACUGACAGGGUCAAAGGUUCCCUUGAAGAAGCCAAUGGUGGUGCUCAAGAAAGUAAAGCAUCCUGAUGGAGAAAGUGGUUGUAAGGUGGAGCUGCAAGUUGUUGGAGUCAUUAGACAUAAGAUUCUGUUCAAGAACAGACCAAAGGCUCUCAUUUCUAAGCCACAGAUAACAUCCAGGGAAAGACAAAAGCCUAUCAUGUUAGGGUCUUCUCCUUCAAAUCAAACAGCUUAAAAGGACUCAUUGUCACGUCAUUUGGUGAAACCUUGUUGGACCAGAAAACUGGAGAAAUUGGGAGGCACACUUGUCAUACGUUACAAACCAAAAUCAGCCAAAGUCUUGACCUAUAUUUGUAAUCUCAGCAACCACAUGUUAUAUAAAGCACCAAUAAUGGCAAAAAGUGAUUGUGAUUUGUCAUUACGAGGAGUUUGAUGCGUCAUUAUCUUAAUUUGGGUUUUCGUGUGAAUAUGCAAAUAACAUUAAUUAAUCUAAAACUUAUCCGAAUUUGUCUUGGCCACGAAACAGAAUAUUAGGUUCUCCUAAUACUGUAUAUUUCUUUGGUCUCUUGUGCAUGAUGCUCCCCCUCUUGGUUGUGGUGCUUUAGCUUGUAAGAGAUUUGGUAGGUCUGUGUUUUUUAGCCAAGUAAAUUCAGUAGCAAGAAUAAACUAUCAAUUUCAUC